AUGGUUUUUAAUAGCCAAGUCAACAUCACAUUGGGUGAAGUGCAGCAUACAGUAUGCUCUAACUGGCUUACAGCUGCAUUCACAGCGGAUCGCUAUCUGAUGAUUUGCUAUCCUUUCAUCGCGAAGCGAUGGUGCACUCUGCGCCUGAGCAAAUUGGUGAUAGCAGCGGUAUGGGUGGCCAGCUUCUGCUACACCUUGCCGCGCUUCUACGAGUACGUCUAUUUCACACCUCUGCCCCACCCCGCCGUGAGGGACUCCCGGCUGCACCUGCCCAACCACUGGUAUCAGCUCUCCGCCAUGGGCGACUCCAAAGCCUUCCGCUUCGGUUACCAUCUGUGGGCUUGGUGCAUCCUCGUCAUCGGGCUGCCUUCUCUCUUCAUUGCCGUUCUCAACAUCUUCCUCGUGCGCGAGAUCAACCGCUCCAUUAAGCGCAUGCGCUUUGAGCAGGGCAUCAAGACGCGGCGCCAUGAAACCGACGUCAUGCUCAUUGGCGUCAUUGUCAUCUUUUUCGUGUGCCAGAUUCCCUCCUCGGUAAGCCACGUGAUGUGGGGCAUCCGAGGCUACCGGCAGGAGGCAUCGGUACCUUGGCUCAUCCUAAAUGAGGUCGGCAAUCUCUUUGUGAUUCUCAAUGCCUCCAUCAAUAUAAUCCCCUACUACCUCUUUGGGAAGCGCUUUCGUACUCUCUUCGUGAUAAUCUACUUCGGAUGGAUGAAGAGAUGUGCUGAUGUGCGACAAAGCGUGACAUCCCUCAACCACUUAUUAACGCCGACGCUCAACAGAAGGCCGCGCCAGCCCUCAGCCUCUUCUCCCCUCACCCCCCUUGCCGUCGCCACUGCCUCCGGACAAGGCCGGUCCCUGCCCCUUCACUAUUGCCAACCUGGAUGA